AGCGCUUCAGCCAGGUUCAGACGGUACUCGCAAUCGCAUCAUCGCAUGUCGAGCAAACUAUGCCAGCAUGUUUUCGCGCAGCGUAAACAAUGAGUUUCUAUGCUUCCUACUGGCCAUGUGUGCCUUAGUGCCGUGUAUCGUAGCCGAAACUCCAGGUUGCACGCUGUUGAACAAGGACUCGAAAUCGGAGAAGGCGCUUUUAGAAGGGUUGCACGACUUGAAGGGCGAAACUUUCACUGUCGAGGACAGGGUAGACGGCAAACUGAAGAAUAUCUACGAAAUCGGAGUCUGCGCGAGCGUGAAUAAGUCGGCGCCACAAGUAGGAGCGGUUCAGCAUGUCAUUGGCGAUAAAGGCAAUCAAACGUUUAUGUUAGGCCAGCUGAAUUCUACCACGCUAGCUGGAGCCCCUGGGUGGACUCUAGUCACAUACAGAAAUGGAGAUCGCUAUAAUGGAUCCUGUAACAACUCGUCGCGUGAAGUCCAGUUGGCAGUCCUCUGCAGUCCAAACGAGCAUCACGGCACCCUGCAAAUUGCGUCCAGUGGCCGUGCGGGAGAGACGGCGUGCUCUUUCCUUUUUGUGAUCAGCAGCAGUGUCGUUUGUUCGAAGGAGAAACAUGAGCAGCAUCAUCGUGGCCUCAGUGGCGGUGCUGUAUUUUGCAUACUUUUUUUCACAGUGGCCGGCAGCUACCUGCUCCUGGGUUUCCUGUACAAGCGCAUUGUUGUUGGAGCAAAAGGCCUGGAGCAGAUUCCAAACUAUAGUUUCUGGAAGGAUUGCGGCAACCUUCAAGCUGACGGCUGCAACUACAUCUGCCGAUGCCAGUGUGACUCCUCCGAUGAGCACCGCUCCUACCGGGACAUUGACGACAGGCCGCUACGUCCGGACGAAGACAGGGACGACCAGCUGCUUACCAUGCAUUAGCUCUCUUGGGUUCGUGAACAGCAUGCAUCGCCAAGUAGAUGUGUGGGUGAGAGAGAAGCAUGGAGAGGGAAAGCUUUGACUGCAGGCAUCUUGUAGUUAGUGCUAACAGACUUUACAAGCUGGUUGUUUUGUCGUCUAGGUUUAUAUAUUUCUGGAACCAGAGACAUUUUGGAAUCUGCUGUCAAAAUGUUUUUUUUUUUUCUUGGCAGUCUCUAUGGCAUAGCUGUUCCCUAUGGAAGGCCUUGCACACAGCCGCUCUAUGUCCCACCACUGUCGUGGGAAGAAAACAUGCUGUAGAUGCAGUGGAACAGUUUACAAACAACAGUGUGUGAAGCGGAGUGUGAAGGUUGCACAUCUACUACAGUUUCAAUAACUCUGCAUGUGAGACGACGUAAAAAUAAUUUGCAUCCUUCAGGUCUAGAAACAUAAACAGGUUUCUGGAUAGCUAAAAACUGGUGCCUGCGAGGACUUUCAAUGGGGGUUUUCCAUUGGGUCAGUUUCCGACGUGGGGAGCUUCAUCAGAGACAUAGUGACGGAACUGUAGAGGUGAAAACUACUUUGUUGGCAUCCCAGAGGAGAAACCAGCCAAGUGGAAGGCGGCGACAGUCAUGGGACGGUGCAGGAAACAGAUGUGUUAAUGAGGUUUACUGCUCCUGGAAGGGCCUUUCCAGUUUUUUGUUGCAUACAUUUACCUGAUCUGUGAUGACCAUGAAUGUUGGGGACCUGUGCCAAGGCUUCCCAUAGCACUGUGACAAUCAUCACGGGUGCUUUUCAUCGUGGCUUCACAUAAAUUGCUUGUGCCAGCCAAAGAUACUGAACGUGUAGCAAGGGUAGCCAAUUAUGUGCACAAAAACAGUUCACAAUAAGCACAAGCUCAGCUAUCACUGUUUAAGUUCAUCUGCACUGUGCAAUUUUUCUUUUAGUUCUCAGAGAAUCGAGCCUUGUCGUAUACUCGUGCACAUAUGGUAUGCAUGGCUGGGAAAGUAUCAUGGUUGUUAUACAUUUGCUGCAUCAAGCCCAAGCCUACUCUUGCACCAGCGUGGUUGCCGGCUUUCGACAAAAGGAGGGGAGGAGUUUUAUUCUCAGUCAGUCAAUUUUUGGGAUGCCUCCACUUUUGUUUGACCUGCCCAGCAUCUGGUGCACCGCUGUGCUGGAGCGGCAGGUGUUGUGGUCGCCAGCUUGGCCAGUCAGCGUUCACAGAAAAUGAUAUCCCUAAAAGUGAUGCCACUCCAGAAGCCUCCAAUUCAAACAAUGUGCAGGCUCAGCAGAAGUCGUUGCAACGGUCCUUAAAGCAUGAUGGCAUUUUCCCUAGUUGAACACCCUCAGUUCAGUUUUAUUCGGAAGAGGACAAGUUACGUUAGCUUUGUCUGGAAGUGUUUAGAUUAUGGUUAUGCUCUUGACUCGCACUUAGCAAGUACACUCUGUCUUCUUUAAGUAGACUCGGUGUGACAAUUGGAUGACCAGUUAGUGGGCAAAGAGUGGCUUGUGCUCUUUGCCAUUUUCGUGGUGUCGAGAGAGACUCCAGAGCAGCACUGGCAGCUGCAGGCAUGAGAUGACCACUCAAUUUUGUCCAAGCUGCAGAAGUUAACAGCAAUUUAAGAAAAAAGGUAACUUCGUCACAUAGUGUUGCCACUUAACUCAUCGCAACAAGGACGACCGUUCUGGUGAAAAUUGGGUACUUGAGCCUGUAUAUUUUUUAAUUUCUUGACUCGACCUUGCACUCAUAUUUCAUAAAAGUGAAGGGCUGCGGCACCUGUCUGCUGAAGUGGUCACCGCAAUUUGUUAACACCCCUCAGCAACUAUUGAGCUGCACUUUUUUAUAGGGCAAUUUUUCCAUCUACUCGAAGGCGCUGGUGUGGAAAGGUUCUUUUCAGCUGAAACUUUUCCGUAGAAAUUUUGAAGGAGCAGUGUUGAAAUGCAGCGACUGUUUCAGCUAAGGCUGCAGCUUCCUACUUUUUAGAGUUGAGGCGAAGUACAGUGGUGAGCUGAAGAACAUUCACAGAUACAGGGGUCACUACACAUUCUAGAGCUUGAUGCACCGUUCAUCACCAUGGUUACAGCUCUCAUGCACUUCCUGCUUGUCAAACCAUAGAGCUGAUUGUUUGCAUUGUAACCCAUGUUUAUGUGGCCAUGAAGUCAUAGUUACAACAUGCACAUGUUGUUCAUAACAAUGUGUAGAGCUCAUCACAUGUAUGAGACUUUAUAGGCAUGCAAUGCUGCCAUAUGGUGGCCACUAUAUGGCAUUGCUUAACAUUCUCAAAUAGGAGUUCGUGAGGUGGAGAUUGUCAGACAGCUGUCAUUCAAACACAUGUUCAUGUUGACAAACAUUCCAUGCAAUGUUAUGAAAGGCCCUGUGCUUGUGGUAUGUCCCACACGCCCUCUCUUUUUUUCUCUCUUCUGGACACGAGCAACUGCAAUUUAUAAAUUUCAGCCGAUCAAAAUGCAUGGUUUAUUGAUUGACUGAUUGCGUGGGCUUUUAUAUUGUAAAGACAUAAAACCACAGCCUAGAUAUGAGGGAUGCCAUAGUUGGUUGCUGCGUAAUAAUUUUCACCACCUGAGGUCCUUUAAUGGAAAUCUCAGCAGCUGAGAAGAUUGGACUUAAUACGGUUCAAGCUUUCAGAGGUAACAUGUUAUGUUUGCAGAAUGAAGAGUCAUGCUCUGCUGAUAAGCUGGGUAUGCACGCGAGGAAACUGCCAAGGCCAGCAUAUCAGCAGAGUGAGAGACUCUUUCAGCUGGCUCACUUCUGGUCAAGCUUUUUGAGCACAAGCACUUGCCGCUGCCUUCACAGUGAGCUAUGGUACAGGAAACAGGAUGUUUGAGGAGCCAGUUAAUCGUACAGAAUGCAGGAACAAUGCCAAACACAAGGACAAAUAAUGCCAUUUUCUCUGUGAUUAUCUCUGUUGUUUAUGUCUGGUGCCAUCUCCAUAUCAUGGUCUAGACAUUUGACAGGACAGCUUGUUUCAUUACAAAUUUCAGACCCUCCUCUUGGAAUUCCAGCACUCAAAAAUAAAUGGUGUGUUAGGCUUUCACUUUCGUCGGAUGGCCUCCACCACAUACUUUGUACAGCAAUUGCAUCACGACUUUAAGUGUGGCUGAGCCCAAUCAUGCACACUACGGGGGUUGCACCAUUGCAGAUACACUAAACUCUGCGAAAACGGGCAUGACGCCAAAUGUGCAAGUUUGUUUGAAGUAGCCAAAGUGAGCGAGCAUUAUUUGGUCCGUGACGUCUGGUUACUUAUUACUUGGACCUUCUUGCACGAUGAACCAGUAAGUAAUGCAGCUACCGGUCUGCACCAGUAGCGGAGGAAAAAAAAAAGAAAAAAAAAACAGAGCCGUCAAGUGCACUACUGCAGCUGUCAACAUUGGAGCGGGCCCGAUGCAAGCUACGAGAUGCUGUGACUGGAAGCUGCUGUGGAUCUUGGGCAAUCAUCCACUUCUCACUCUCACAUUAUUUUGUUCCAUCCUCUCUUGUUGCAUCUGCUGACCUCUGCAAAAGUGGCACACAACUUUAUUUCACUACACAAGUGUGCCACUCUAGCCACUUGACUUUUUCGUGCUAGUGUUCCUUUAGAAUUGGGCUCAGUUUGCUAGCAAUUGCUCUUUGGUCGCACCGAUGAGAGUUUCGGCCAUCUUGUGGUGAAAUUGUGAUUCCUGAAAAAUGUGUCCUUGGCCCAGUUGGUGUUUUCUGAAGGACAUGCUAUUUACCGUUUGGGAAACAAGUACACAGUACAGUUAUUGUUUACGUUACUUGCUGUGUAUUCAUCUCCGUAGUGGAAAUUAUGUCCUUUGUGACUGCGCGCAUACCUAAUUUAAGACUGUCCAAACAGCAUCAAGCAGCUUUGAGCUCGCUCAGUAAAUGCAGAGUUCGACACAUAGAGUGUAAAACUAAUGUAGGACUAACUGCAAGCUUCCAUGUGUCAUGCUCAUGGUAGUGAAACAGAUCAGGAAGUGAUGUACAAACAUUACAGUACAAGCACUUUCUAACGUUAUGGCACUCCAUCAAAUCUCUGAAAGUCCAGGAGGUUCGCAUGGCUUUAGAGAUAGUAGCAUGCCUUUGUCUUUGCAAAUGUGAUGCAUUAUGAUUUCGGAGGCCCGAGUUAUGGCAUACUGCCGGUCACUGCCGCUUGCGAUCAGAGAAACAGCUAUUAACUUGUUCACAAGAGCUGAAAUGCAUUCCAAAAUCCAAGUCUGUUUUGCUGCAUGAAAUUUUUGGCAUCGUAUUUGUGGCUUGGCACAAGUGAACAUCAAAACACCUGUCAAUGGUAUUCGCAUAGCAAGGGCUAAGAUAAGAGCAAGCAAGUGCCAGAAAUGCCCGAGAAGUUGCCUAUAAUGUUAUAUGUGUGCACCACCUAUAAGGGACAUAGCCUUAAUAUAGAUAAUUUUCAUGUUAUUUCUUUUGCCUGCACUGGAGCUGCACUUGGUUGCACAUCUUAUUUUCUUUGGGAGUUUGUGUCAGGCAAGUCUGUCUUAUAUUGCGCCCAUCUUCAACACCUUCAAGACAUUGUUUGCAUAAAAUGCCACAGGUACAAGCCAGAGCUCUUGUGUACAGCCCUUAAAUUAAUUAAAUGCAAUAGCUGAAGCAGGUGGCCUACAUAAAGUCCAGCCAAGUGGUAAAGGUCAUGUGGCUCAAAAGGCGAAAAAAAGCAUGCAGCUAGCACACUCCACGUAUGUACACUUGGCCUCAAAGGCUUACGAGACAUGCGCUCUACAGCAAAUGUCAAUUUCUGUAUGGUUUGGUACUUCUAAUUUGGUAGAUCUCUGCAUAGGCCAUAAAGGCUAUUGCAUAAUGAAAUUUUGAAUUCAAGGAUGCAUGUCCAAGCUUCGCUUCGCAGAAAAUUUUGAAAAAUCCCAUGUCCCAUAAACUUUUGUAGCUGACCGUACAUUUUUUUUUUUUAUAUUGGGCAGAAGCGGAAAUUUACACGAGUCCUCAAAUUCAGUGCACCAGACAAUAUGUGUAUUGCAAUGCAAUCGCACUGUCAACUUUAAUUCAUUUACGGGUGUGCGUAUGAGUGCAAUUAGAUAACGCUGUUGUGAGGGUUACAAGAAUAAUAUGUUAUAGGCCAAAUUGAUUGUUACCUGUACUGCAUACUGUGAGUGCACAGAGGCCUUCCACUUUAAUUUCUCUGGUGCUAAUGACAAUAGCACUCAUGUGUAUCAAAUGCACCUGCAAAGUCCACAUCAACUUCUCAGUUGAGUAUAGAUAUUUAGGUGUCGAUGGUUGUGAGGCUGUCCUGUAGUGUUUCAACCUGCAUAACAAACUUUUAGUACACCAGUGCCACCACCGAACAAUUUUUAUUGGAAGCCAAACUGACUGGUUACCAAAUUCCAAUAACACCAUCUUCUUCACUUGGCAAAAAAGCACAUGUAUUAGCACUUCACAAGCACUUGACAAAAUGCUGUAUUAUUACUAUUUUUUGCACAUACUGCAUUUUGUUGAAUUCCACUGCUUCGAGGGAGAUCUGUAAACAGGUAUGCUUAGUGCAUGUCUUAUACUGCACGGCUGUGUUCUAGGUGGUCGUAUUUUAUAAACGAACUACAUACGUCUAUAUUCAUCGCAAACAGGCAAAGGUAAUGGCAUGAAGUGCAUCAAGGCCUCUCUAUUCAUGUGUUUCUCCAGUAAAAAUAUAUUGCCAGAGGCCUUAAUGGCAGUGACAGUCUAAAGAGACUGCCAGAAAUUACUCAUAUUGCUGGCAACGCUCCCAAAUGCAGCUUGUAGUAAAGAUUAAGCUAAGAGCUAACCUAAUGCUUAGUUGUGAGCAAGAAGGCAUGCCGGUCUUUAUCCUUCCAGCAUCACCGACGCAUUGGCACGUUUCCGCAUUUAUGUCCCGUCAAGUUCCUUUUGUCGAAUAGGAAUGCGAGGACCACACCAAUAGAGCAUUUGCCAUUAUGUGUAAAUUUUUAAUUUCUUUAUAACCAAAAUUAACCAUUGUAUUCGUUUUGUAAUAACUGGGAGGGAAAAAAACUACACUGAAAGGGUUAAUCAACAAAUGGGUUAUGUUUCCUACUCAGUAAUGAUAGUUCUUAUUUGGUUAGUGAAAUAUGCCACCCUUCGCAAAGCAUUUGUAAAGCAACAUUGUGCUUGUCUAAAAGCAGUUCAUUCCUUGCGCAGCACUUUAAUUUCGCCUGUUAUGUACUUCAUGUGAUCUCCGAUGCUUUACCAGUAUUAUGCCAUUUAUUGGAAUCAAAUUUGUUUGCAUAGGCCUGUUGCAAGAAGUCCAAAUGCAUUCUCAUAAUUUUGUACGUUUUUCCUAUUACUUCCACUAAAACAAACCUGGAGAUCAGAUAGCUUCAUAUUUGCAGAUUUCCAUGCAACUAUUGAAAACAUGGAGUCAAAUGCGCGUGCAAUCUUUUGCUCUUGUUCAUUGGUGGAAUUGAAAUUUAAAAAAUAAGGCCUUGCAACCUGAUGCCAUUACACUUACCUGUGUGGUCUGAAUAUAAGUUGAUGUGACAUUCUUGGGUUUGCCCGCACGUAUGAAAUGAAACUACGCAAAGCAGUGAUGUAAUUGAAGUAGUGUUCUGCACUUUAUGUCCAUGUGCUGUGUAAACAACCUAUUAUAGGCUUUUUUUUUUUCAUGACAGACCAUCAGUGUGAUGGCACAACUAUUUUGCCAACUUAUUAUAGGUACUGGAGUUCUCACUUGUGUCAUAUUCUGUGGUGGAAUUCUAUGUGUAUGUCAUGAAACUGUUUGCUUUCCAUCUCGCAAAUCUUUUGGCCAUUAUAAACUUGGAACUGAAUGAGAAUUCACCUCUAGCAGCAAAAGACCAGUUUUAUUCACUGUAAUGGCUAACUCGGGUGUUGGAAUACCAUGGAAGCAUUGGCAGUUCUUUCAGUGCAAGCACUCUUUCCCUGCUUACUGUGUGGCACAAAAUCCGAGGGUAUCCGUGGUCAGGGACAGUUCAAUACGAAAUUCCUUCAGACAUUGCCCACAAAGUGAUUAAGAAACAUUGAUAGGUUUCAAAAUUGAUCCGGAGUACGUCCAAAGUAUGCAUGAUGAAGAGUAACGUUUGUCCUAUAGCCAUAUGCAUCAUUUGCAGCAGUUCAUGUGUGGCCUUUGAGAGGUAUGCUCAGAGAAGCAUAUAAUAAAUUGGCUGCCUGGUUAUCAUACAACCUAGCUGAGUACUACUCAUGAACCAUAUACAUGUGGGUCAGGUUGGUUUUAAAUCCAGCAAUGUCAUUUUAACACAGUCCUUUGACUACUGACAUGUACCAGAUUCUCUUGAGCCUGUGUGCUGUCCCACGUCAAGUCGGGUGGUGCAAAACUUGUGGCUUCUGUGAUUCCAACAUGUUGCUGUAAUUUCAAAGGCCACAAUGUAAAUGAAAUAGCUGGUUUCUCUCUUCUUCAAGAGACUUGACUCUUCAUUGCAUUCACAGACACUUCACUGAGCCAGUAGAACAAGUCGAUAAACGUUGUGGCUGGUUUGACUCAACUCAGUGAAGCAGCUUGACCCGACUCCGCGUGGGACUGCUCGACAGUGCAGUCCCAUGAACAGUCGGCCACGAAAGUUUUUAGGACGUGGAUUCUGUGGCAAAUGUGAAUUUCUGCUCCAUCAAGGCAUAGCACUUCUAAUUUAAUAGAUUACUGUGCAGGUUGCAGAGGCUAUUGCACACUGAAACUUUGAAUUUGAGGCUAUGUGGCCAGGCUUAACCAAGAUUAAGAUUUUUCACAAAUACCAUGUCUCGUAAGCUUAUGUGGCCGACUGUACUGUGUCUUAUCGCUUUUGCCUGUGGUACAAUGAUUUGAUGAUGACCUACCAACAAGCUCGUAUACAGCCACUCUCAUUGACCUAUGAGUUAUAUGUAAACCAUCAAAACAGUAUAAGGAGGAGGCCUGUGUUAUUGGUGCAGUGGAAAGUAGAGUUGAACCUCGUUAUAAAACAUUGGGUAUAACGAAAAUGCUUUUGUUGUAUCCAUUAUUGUGGUAUAAUGUGUUUCAACUGUAUUUCCUUUGGUGGACCUUGCUGACAUAGUCACAUGGCUUCCAAGACUUUUGAAGUACCAUGUAAAAUUUUGAUCUGCACUUUGUGUUAGCUGUAAUACAUUUGGAUUGCUCUCCUAGCAUUGGCUGAUACACUCAGUUUUUUUUCCCUCUCCCCUCAACCCCCACUUUUUAUGUUGGUACCUCGGUAUUGUACACUUUAUACUAGUCAUACAAGAACAUGCUGUGGUGUUUCUAAUUCAUUUGUAGUUUUACAUAAUGUUCGCACUUCCAGGUUUUUUGUUGUGUGAGUUCAUGUUAUUUAAAUUUCAUAGAAACCUUUGCCGCAUUUUAACCUAGGCUAAGAGUUUUCCUAGCUCUGAUAUGAGAAGAGCUGCCGCCAAUUUUAAUGUAAGCGCUUGACUGAAGCAAGGCACAUGUGUGAACAACAGCUUCUGCAAUUCAAUAGCAUUCGUUAGCUGUGACAGAACAGGUCAUGGCCUGUCGUUAUUUGUGCAACAAAAGUAUGAUUGUUGCAUUUGAAAUGCUGGACAAUUUUAUUAUCGUGCUUUGUGCCUGGCUUUAUCUUUUAUCAGUGUCAUGCUGUAGCAAAAUUGGAUUUUUCUAGACUCUACGUGCUUCUGUGUUGAUACUGUGUGGUCUUUUGGAUGUCACCAGCAACUCGGCGUGCCCGUUGUUUCAAAUAUGUUGGCACUGUUUCCAUUUGCUUUGCCUGGUUGCAUGUACAAUUGGUUUUAUGGAAAUAAAUGUGGAACACAUUGAA